AUGGCCGACCAACUCAAGCCCAUCACCCUUCACUCGCAUGCCUCCCCCUCCCAAGUACAGGGUCCCAACCCGUGGAAAAUCGCCAUUCUCUUCGAGGAGCUGAAACUGCCUUACACGACGGUCUUCAAGGCAUUCGAAGACGUCAAGAAAGAACCCUUCAUCAGCCUCAACCCCAAUGGACGUGUCCCAGCUAUCGAGGACCCGAAUACGGGCAUCACGCUUGCUGAGUCCGGCGCAAUCGCCCAAUACCUGAUCGAAACUUACGACAAGUCCCACACGCUGUCCUACCCGUCCUCACCCGAAAAAUUCCAAGCCUACCAAUGGCUCCACUUCCAAAUGUCCGGCCAGGGCCCCUACUUUGGCCAGAAGGCAUGGUUCAGCAACUUCCACCCCGAGAAACUGCCGUCCGCCGAGGCGCGCUACGAGAACGAAAUCAAGCGCGUGCUUGGCGUCAUUGACUCUCAUCUGAAGAAGACGGGGCGCGAGUACUUGGUGGGGGAUAAGUGCACGUAUGCCGAUCUGGCGUGGGUGCCUUGGGAUACUGCGGUCGGUUGGUUGGUGCCUGGGCUGGAUGUGCAGAAGGAGUUUCCGGCCUAUGCGAAGUGGAAUGAGAGACUGACUUCGAGGCCGGCGGUGAAGAAGGUGUUGGAGGAGAAGGCGAAGAAAAUGAGGGCGGCGUAG